AUGACACCCCUCCGGUAUGCGCCGCUUGAUCCUCAAGAGCCUAUGCCCCCGCACCCGACUCAGCACGCGUCGAUCCUGUCUCUCAUCCUCUACGCAUGGCUUGACAGGACAGUGCUCAGGGCUUGCAGUGUGACCCAUCUCGGGCUCGAUGACUUGCCUCCCUUGGCCGACGAUGACCACACAAAAAACUUAGUGAAGCGAGCGUUCCCCACUGUUGCAUAUCUAGCAAGUCCGUUUGCUGUGAAUAAGCUUCUAAGCUAUCUAGAGAACGACGGCGACCACCUCAUUGUUCGUCCCUGGGUUUGGAUCGGUCUGCUCUUCCUCGGGCCCGUAUUGGGAUCGCUCUCGUUCCAGUGGUAUAUUUACACCGCGACCCUCAUCUCGACUCGGGCUCGUGCAAUCAUAAUUCAGCUUGUGUUCAACCACGCACUGCGCAUCCGCAUGAAGACUGACGAUAAAGGCGAGCAGCGUGAGGCUGCGGCUGCUCCAACGCAGCAGGUCACGGCGGGGUCGUCCAUGACUAUAUCGCCCAGCGAGCACCCCGAUGAUGCCACUCUGAGUGGCACACCGGAGGGCAUCGACGCAGCUGCGGCAAUUAGCGAUGCUCUUCCAAAGUCGCCGACUGCGGACGCGAAUGGCGAAGCUGCAAAGGGAGGCGUGAAUCUCGUGGGCAAGAUCAACAACCUUGUCACGAUGGACCUCGACAAUGUCGACUCGGGGAGAGACUUCCCGUUCGUCCUCGUCGAGAUACCGUUGCAGCUUGUACUCUGCACGUGGUUCCUGUACUCCCUAUUAGGCUGGAGCGCUCUCGCGGGGAUGGUCGCAAUGUCCGUCAUGCUGCCCAUUCCAGGAUACUUGGCGACGUUCCUCCAAGCACUACAGGUUGAGAAGAUGAAGAGGUCCGACGCGCGGGUCCAGAGAGUCACUGAGAUGCUGGGUGUCAUCCGCAUGAUCAAGGUAUUCGGCUGGGAACCGCGUACAGCACAGCAGCUAGCAGAGAAGCGCGCCGAGGAGCUCAAAUACCAGAGGAAGUCAAAGUUCCUCCAAUUCUUUACCCAUUAUCUGAACCAGAUCAUACCGGUAGUCACUAUGCUCAUUACGUUUGGCUUGUUCUCUCUGAAAAAUGAGGUACGCGAAAUCUUCAGCAUGGUGCCCCGUAUCAUACAAGCCAAGGUGUCUCUAGAUCGCAUCAACGGGUUCCUCCACGAGACGGAACUGCUCGAUCAAUUCUCGCCAAGCGGCUCCGCGGCCACCUCAGUGUCAGUGAAUGUUCCCGAUGAGCACCAUGCCACAAUCGGUUUCCGAAGCGCAGCGUUUACUUGGAACAACGCAAGCAAUGACACAGAGGCGCCCAGUCCGCACCAGCGGAACUUCACCCUGCGCGUGGAACAGGAAAUUACCUUCAAACGCGGCUGUAUCAAUCUCAUUGUCGGACCUACAGGGGCUGGCAAGACCUCCAUCUUGAUGGCGCUUCUGGGUGAGAUGCACUACAUCCCCAUGACCCCCGACUCCUGGUUCAACCUUCCUCGCGGCGGUGGCGUAGCGUAUGCUGCGCAAGAGUCUUGGGUCCAAAACGAGACCAUCAGAGCUCGUAUAACAUUGGCUCGUGCCGUAUAUUCUUCCGCAGAGAUCCUCCUCCUCGACGACGUUUUGGCAGCCCUCGACGUGCAUACAGCGAAGUGGAUCAUCGGUAAAUGUUUCAAAGGCGACCUUAUCCGCGGACGCACGACGCACAACGUCGCCUUGGCCAGUCCCAUAGCUGACCUUGUGGUUUCCCUUGGCUCAGAUGGCAAGAUUCAUAGUCAUAGUACUAUUACUAGUGCCUUGGAGGACGAUGCUGCUUUACUAUCCGAGUUCGUCGAACAGGUUAAAGAAGAGGAGGAGCUUGACGAAGUCGUCGACGAGCCAUCUGCGGUGUCCGAUAAGCCAACAGGCACCCUGAUCGUUGCAGAGGAGCUCGAAGUGGGCCACGUUGGCUGGCCGGCUUUGAAGCUCUAUCUUGGCGGCCUUGGAGGGCAGCACCCGAUCCUGUUCUGGACAAUAUGCAUCGGUUUCUACAUUCUAUUAGAGCUCACGACGACCUCCCAAGUUUGGUUCUUGGGCCUUUGGGCUAGACAAUACGAGGAGCUGCCUGCUCGAGAAGUCUCAGUCUCAUAUUGUCUUUUUGUCAUUUUCGUUCGGCCUAUUCUUGCUGGGGACUAUCAGAGCCUCGCGUAUCAUUCACAAUACACUCGUAUCCUCCAUUCUGAGCACUACUCUUGGAUAUCCUCCCCAGUCGACGACCCUAUCCCCAAUUACUUGUAUUGGAUUAUGGAGGUCACGAUAUACAUGCUCACAAAACUCGGCGCCGUUGUUAUGAUAACGCCUGUCUUCCUCGGCCCUGGCGCACUCGUAGCGCUCUUGGGUGGUAUCUGCGGCCAGAUGUAUCUCAAGGCUCAGCUGGCCGUGAAGCGUGAGAUGAGCAAUGCAGAAGCCCCCGUCCUAGGGCAUUUCGGCGCUGCCAUUUCAGGCUUGGGGCGUACGGUGCGCAAGACGCAUUACGCCAGGAAGCCUAUCGUCGGAUCGACAAAUGGACAAGGGCUGCCAGGACCCUAUACGGUCUCAACGAAUAUUUUAGGCGCGAUUUUCUCAACCGGCCUCGCCACCUACUUCAUCUAUGGCCGCACAAUCGACGCAUCCGAUGCGGGCUUCUCCUUGAACAUGGCAGUCACCUUCAGUGGUAGCAUCAUCUGGUGGAUGAGACUAUUCAACGAAUUUGAGGUUUCCAGACACCCUCCCCCGUAUCUUAAAGUCGCCGUUAGCCUGGAGCGCAUUCAACAAUAUUUGGUCAUUGAACACGAGCCAAAGUCCACCGCCUCUGGUGUUCCUCCAGCAUACUGGCCCGCAAGCGGUGACUUACGGGUGGAAAAGCUGUCAGCCAAGUACUCACCGUCCGGUCCCCGUGUCCUUCAUGAAAUCUCGUUCGAGAUCAAAGCAGGAGAGCGUAUCGGGAUAGGUCUGUGCUAG